AUGAAAAGGAAUCCCAUGGAGGGACUGAUUGUGUCUAAGUGGUCCAAACUUAUCAAAAUUAGGGCUUUUAAGUUCCGUUCCCUUUUUGUUUAUCGGGAUAAUAGAAGAAGGAACGGCAGUAUAAACGAAGGCAACGUGAGGUGUGAAGGCGAAAGACGAUCGGACAACGAAGGAAAAUGGGAUACGGGAGCAGCGAAAUCAGAUGGCGAGAAGGAAGCUCGCAGGCGCGCGGCUGCUACUCCGGACGUCUUGGCCAAUCACGAAGAGGGAGAUGGCUCCGGUGCUUGGCCGAACUGA